UAUAUUUCUAUAUUGGGAAUUUGCCAUUUUGCAGUUUACAAGUAUGGAAGAAAAAGAUGUUUCAUGUAGAGAGGAUGUUAAAAACCCACUCUCCAUAUUUUUCAGAGAUAUAAGAUCAAUUUUUAAAUUGGAUGAACUUGGACAAGAAAUAGGAAGGAUUGCUCUACCUGCUGCACUAGCUUUAACAGCAGAUCCAAUUGCAUCUCUAGUUGAUACAGCAUUUAUUGGCCAUAUUGGUCCGAUUGAGCAGGCUGCUGUAGGAGUUUCAAUUGCUGUAUUCAAUCAAGCAUCUAAGAUUGCAAUAUUUCCCCUGGUCAGCGUAACAACUUCUUUUGUCGCGGAGGAAGAUGCAAUCACGAAUGCAAACGAAGACCUUCAAGAUGAUAAAUGUAUGGAGAAGAAUGAAGGAGAUGAUGGUGAAGCAUUUGAAACCGAUUCACCAUCAAAGAGUGAAAGCAAAAGCCUGAUACCUAAAAAUGAUUCUACAGAGAGUAUAUGCAAGUCCGAAAAGAUAGUUACGAGCUUUGAAAUAGUGAAAUCUAAGCCUGAAAAGAGACACAUUCCAUCCGCGUCAUCUGCAUUGAUCAUUGGUGCUGCUCUUGGCAUCAUCCAAGCAGUAUUUCUUAUCGUUGGAGCAAAGCCUUUAUUAAAUUUCAUGGGAGUCAAACCUGGCUCAUCUAUGUCGAAACCAGCACAAGAUUACCUAAGAUUGAGGUCACUCGGUGCACCCGCAGUUCUCCUCUCAUUAGCUAUGCAAGGGGUAUUUCGAGGAUUUAAAGACACGAAAACUCCACUAUUUGCUACAGUGGCUGGCGAUUUGGCAAAUAUAAUUCUGGACCCUAUAUUCAUGUUCGUUUUCCAUCUCGGUGUCAGAGGUGCUGCAAUCGCUCAUGUAAUUUCUCAGUACCUAAUUUCAGUUAUACUGUUUUUGAGACUAUUGGAAAAGGUCGAUAUCGUACCUCCUAGUCUCAAGUAUCUUCAAUUCACUCGAUUUCUUACUAAUGGCUUCCUGUUGUUAGUGAGGGUCAUAGCGGCAACAUUCUGCGUAACAUUAGCUGCAUCAUUGGCUGCAAGGUUAGGACCAACACAAAUGGCUGCAUUUCAGGUCUGCUUGCAGAUUUGGCUAGCUACAUCUCUUCUAGCUGACGGAUUAGCUGUCGCUGGCCAGGCGAUACUAGCAAGUGCAUUUGCUCAAAAGGACUUCAAUAGGUGUACUGCAACAGCAUCAAGGGUGUUACAGUUGGGAGUAGUUCUAGGACUGGUACUAGCACUUGUUCUAGGAAUUGGUUUACACUACGGAGCACGAGUAUUUACAAAAGAUGCCAAUGUCCUGAACCUAAUUGGCAUUGGAAUUCCGUUUGUUGCAGCAACUCAACCGAUCAAUUGCCUGGCUUUUGUCUUCGAUGGUGUAAACUUUGGUGCUUCCGACUUUGCAUAUUCUGCAUACUCGAUGCUUACGGUGGCUCUUUUCAGCAUUAUAUUCCUUCUCAUUCUUUCAUCAGGUUAUGGAUAUAUCGGAAUUUGGGUAGCUCUAACCAUCUAUAUGAGCUUAAGAGCUUUAGCUGGCUUCGGAAGGAUAGGCACUGGGACAGGCCCUUGGAAGUUCCUCCGGAGCUGAAGAUAGUUAACAUAGAUAUAUCUA